GUCCAAUCUCUGUCUCUGCUCUAUGGAAGGAAUCGGCUCGCGUACCGGUCGACCAUCUUCCCGGUACGGCUCUGCGCCGGUGUUCACCGGACCGGUGAGAAGGUGGCAAAAGCAGUGGGUCCAUGUCUCAUCAUCGUCUUCUUCCAUCACUUACAACCACAGUAACAACAAUUCUAGCAACAACAACAACAACGCCUCUACUGUACGAAUUCGCCGUUGGACUCCUGUUUCCUCAGCUCCGUCCGGCGAGGAAACGGAGUCUGGAGCAGAAGAAAGACCGCGGCGGAAGCUGCGGUAUGCUCCGAUUGUAGUGUUGGAGAAGAAAAAGGAAUCUGAAAGGACUGAUAAUGAUGUUAAAGAAGAAAGCAAGACACAUCAACCUAUUGCUCAAGAAACAUCAGAAACUGAUAAUGAAAACGAAAGGAACUUUGAUGAUGUCCUUUCAGCUAAAUCUCAGAAUAAUGAGCCAUCAACCGAAGACUUGAACCACCAGCCAAUGGAAAUGGAAGAGCAUGAUGAAGAUCAUGAUUUAGGUGGUGAGAACAAAGUGGCUGACUGGGUUAAGGCUGCUCAGAGGGGUUUUGCACGCUGAAUAACUUAAGAACUCCAUUAAGAACAUGAUUGUGAA